CUUCCGCCCCGCACGCCGCAAGCCGUGCUCCUGCCUUCCUACCCGUCGCGCGCAUCGCCGAUUCACCGGUGCCCGUCGCUCGCAGACCUCUCCCUCGCCCCUCGCCCAGCUUGUCGGAGGCCGAAAUUGAUUUGCUCUGUCCAGCUCUGGGCUCUGCUGCUUUGGCCUCCAAGCGCGCCAUGUGUUUCUAUCGACAAUAAAAUUCACAACAAGUGCACUUCGAAUUACUGGAUAAUUGGAGCUGUGUGCAGUGUGCUUGCCCCUAGCAGCUUGCCGGAGCUUGCAACUGUUCUGCUCUAAACCAGUGAAACGUGAAGACUGAACCUGCUUCUGCUUGGCUGCUUGCUCCAAUUCAAGAAUCCUCUCUUCUCGGCUUACUUCAUUUACUCUUGCUUGUAAGCUUUUAUGCCUCAACAAAGUUCACUGUUAUGCACAUUUUUUCUGAUUAAUAUAUUAGUUAUAUUUAUACUCUAUAAUUUAUAUCACAAAUUGCCUAAAUCUUAGCAAAGUUCACUAUUAUGCAUAUUUUAUUUCACUGUUAUUUUUAUAGUUUAUAUUUACAAAGUUCACUAUUAUGCAUUUGAUGUGCUGCUAUUUUUAUAUGCAGUGAUCCGCGUUGUAACUGUGGUUGAAACUUGUCUUAUAAUUUACUGAAAGAGAAUUCUUUUUGCAAGGAUAAAGUCAUCAUCGCUCGUUUUCAAAAUAUGAAGGAUCGAAAACUUACCUUAUAAUCUUUAAACUUUAUUAGUCAUUUAUUUAUAGGAUAGGUGAUUAGGUUACAUUGUUUGGUAUUCCUGGUCAACAGUUUAGUUGACUGCUCUUUUUGAACCAGAGAUGGUGCAAUUUGUUUAUGUGCAACUGUUGUCAUGUCAUAUACCCACCUCACAAGUUAUUAGCUAUUACUUCACCUGUUUGCUUUCUUUGCUUUCAGGUUCUAUUCCUUGUUAACUGACUGCUGUAAUACAGAUCAAUUACAUUGAAUUUUACCAUGGCAGCUGAGGAAGAUGUCAAGCAGAGGCAGAUCAUUGAAAAUCGUGCCAGAAAUAUAAGCCACAAUGUUAGGUGCACUGAGUGUGGUAGCCAAUCGAUUGAAGAUUCACAGGCUGAUGUUGCUAUUCUCCUUAGGAAGCUCAUUCGUGAUGAAAUAAAAGCAGGAAAGAGUGAUAAAGAGAUCUACAAGAAACUAGAGGAUGAUUAUGGGGAGACAGUACUAUAUGCCCCUAAAUUUGAUCUUCAGACUGCUGGGAUUUGGCUUUCGCCUGUCAUUGUUGGUGGUAUAGCAGCUGGAAUCUGGGCUUACCAAAGGCAUAGGCAAAGGACAAAUGUUCACAUUAUGGCUCUGAACCUGGUCCGAGGGGUACCACUGACUCCAAGGGAGAAGGAGACCAUGCUAGACAUCCUUACACCUCCACCGGCUCCAAGGAAAUGGUGGUGGCCAGGCAAAUGAUGUAGAAUUCAUGUGCUGGACCUGGUAGAUGCUCACAAAUGGUUAGGAUGCAAAUUACAGUUUGGAUGCAUGAUACUUUGAUCGUGACUUUCAGUUUAACCAAAAGCCUGUUCAUUUGGCUAUAAUUCAUACAGGCUUCUACU